AUGUGCCGAAAUGGAACUAGUGCUAAAGUGCUUUUUGGAUGUUUCAACACUAUAUUUUUUGUGUGUGGUUGCCUGGAAGUAAUGUGUGGAUUUCUACUGCUGUGUGACUCCAAAAGGAUAUUGCUAUCACGGUUAUUGGCUGCGCCGGAUAGUGAACUUGCUCAUCCACCUUUUUAUUACCUAGCCCUGGCGCUACUGGUAUCUGGCUUGGCCAUGUGUGCAACUGGGGCAUUAGGAUGCUGGACUACCUACAUGCCUGGAUACGCUGUCUUGAGCAUUUACUUUUUAGUGGUGCUGUUUAUGCUGUUAUGCGAAUGCGCUGGUGGAGUGAUAGCGGCAAUAUGGCCUCGUUGUUUAGGGCUGCAGAGCACCCGAGGGGGAGCUAUAGGUGCUUUGCAAAGUUACUACGCGCUACCUGACUAUGAACACUUUACGGCCGCUGUCGACUUGGCUCAGACUGAGCUACAAUGUUGCGGCAUGACAGACGCACGUAACUACGACAUGUCUACCUGGCAGCUGCGCCGGCUCGGCCCGCGAGGUAUGGCCGUCCCCCUCAGCUGCUGCGUCCAAUAUGAAGACACCGUGUCAUAUCUUAACCCAGCGCCGGUCAACGCUUCACGAUGCCAAGAAGUACAACCUAAUCCUUCGUUUAGAUAUGUGCAUGGUUGCCUCGGGCCAUUAGAGGACUGGUAUCAACAACAAUACUUGGUUCUCAUGUUGAGCUUGUUUGUCGUAGCUUUAUUCAAACUCGGAGUACUGUUAAGCACUAUCUUUUCAUGCAUCCGGCUUAGGAAACGGCGUCAAAUAUUCCACAGCAUUACCAUGAAGACUUUGGAAAAUAAUAAAAAUGAAAACAUAUACGAAAGUAAACUGGCUGCAAUGAAUGAUGAACCGAUAACUGCGAAAUACAUCCAGCCGAAUAGUUUCUACAGCCCGAGGAUUCGCAACCCUCGCAUUUUUCAGAAUAAACCAAACGAGGUCGUAUGA